UGAGAGCUCCACUCUGUGACCAGCCAUCAGACCGCAGGAUGGACUUUAUUACUGCUGUCAUUGGACUCCUGCUUCUCCUGCACAAUGUUGAAGGACAGACGACUGCUGAUCCAGUUCCUAUGAUUACAACAGCUUCUUCAACGACUUCUCCAUCAACUGAAAGUUUGACAAGCACAACACCCCACCACAGCAGUGUGAUGAACCCAGCUUCAACUACAGCGGCCUCAACGUUGUCUAACAGCAGUGUGAUGAACACAACUUCACCUACAGUGGCCUCAACGUUGUCUAACAGCAGUGUGAUGAACACAACUUCACCUACAGUGGCCUCAACAUUGUCUAACAGCAGUGUGAUAAAUACAACUUCAUCUACAGUGGCCUCAACAUUGUCUAACAGCAGUGCAAUAAACACAACUUCAACUACAGUGUCCUCAACCUUCCCCACUUUCACCACCCCCUCUUAUUCCAGGAAAUGUUCAGCGUAUCCUCCAUUGUGCUGUGCUGGACUCAACAACAGCUGUUACAGAGGGUGCUAUUGUGAUGUAGCCUGCUUACGGUUUCGAGACUGCUGUCCUGACUUCUCCACAACUUGUGUAACAGGCAGCAGUUCCACCAGCACUACACCAAAUCCAGAUGGGCAGAAUGGAACAUCUAUAAAUACAACAGCAUCCCCUGUCAGCAAUGUGACCAGCACUCCACCAUUCCCAUUGAAUACAUAUUCAGGGAAGUGCUCAGAAGAGCCUAAGCUCUGCUGCGUAGGCUCUAAUAUAAACUGUUUCAGAGGGUGCUUUUGUGAUGAGGCCUGCGUGCAGUAUAAUGACUGCUGUCCUGAUUACAUGGGAAUCUGUAAAAAUGAUAUCGAAACUGUGAUCGGCGAACUGAGGGUAUCCCUCCUCACUACAGCUGGCACCAGCGAUCAGACCAUAGAGGCAUCUUUGUACAACGCCACUGUCCGCCUCCAGGCCUACUUAAAGAAUAUAUCCAGCGCCAUUGAAUCCGUGAGAAUCAUCAAAUUUAUCAAGACCUGAGCCUAAUGUACGUGUG